CCUAUUUUCUCUAUACUCCCCCAAAUCACUAACCCUACCCGAAAGUUCAAACCAAACCCGGAAAAUGCCUCCGAGAAGAUCCGCUUCAGCCUCCGCCGCUGCCAGAGAAGGCGCCACGCUGAAGCUAAUCGUGGACAAGGGACCGUUAUCCGGAAACACAAGUGAGUUCAGGCCGGGAACCGCGGUCAAGAUCGGCCGCCUUGUCCGUGGCAACACGCUAGCUAUCAAGGACUCAGGAAUAUCCUCCAAACACCUGCUCAUCCAAGCCGAAGAAGCACCGGAUCCGGACGGCCGACGCUGGACCGUCUCCGACCUCGAUUCCUCGAAUGGCAGCUUUCUGAACGGCGCGCAGCUCGAGCCAUUCGAAUCGGCGGUUCUGUCCCAUGGAGACGUUAUCAAAAUCGGCGAGGAAACGUCGAUUAGGGUGGAGAUCCUUAGCGGGGAGGAUAAUGAAGUUGUUUCCGAGGUCAGGAGGAACACGCGGCGGCGCGUGAGGGAGCAGGUCGUCGAUUUGGGGGUAAUUGACGAGUUUGCCGAGCUAGGGUUACAGAACAAUGUCGACGAGGUUAAAAUCGAAGUUGAGGUGAAUCAGGGGAGGAAUGCGAACACUAGGACGACCAGAAAUUCGACGAGAAGUAAGAAUUUGGCCCAGGAUUUGAAUGUGGAAGAGGAUAAAGGCGUAAGCGCUAGGCGGACUAGAAGUUCGGCGAGAAAUGUGAAUUUGGCCAAGGUUUUGAAUGUUGAAGAGGAUAAUGAUUUGGGGCCAAGUGAAAUCAAAGGAUCGAGAGGCGUAAGCACCAGGAAGAAGAGGAGGGAAGACAAUGUCGAAGAAACUGUAGUCGAUUCGAGCCUGAUUGAGGGCAAAAAGGCAACGAGAGGUGGAGGAAGGGGGAGGAAGAAGCUGAUUGUGGAGACUAUUUGUGAAGAAACAGAGAAUGAAGAAGCAAAUCGGGAGAGCGAAAAAAAGAAUAACAGAUCAGAUAUUGCAGCUGAUGAAGUGAGAAACUCUGGAAUGGAAGAAUGUGUUGCUGCUGGAGCUACUGCUAGUUCAGUUUUGAAUGUUGAAGAGGAUAAUGAUUUGGGGCCAAGUGAAAUCAAAGGAUUGAGAGGUGUAAGCACUAGGAGGAAGAGGAGGGAAGACAAUGUCGAAGAAACUGUAGUCGAUUCGAGCCUGAUCGAGGGCAAAAAGGCAACGAGAGGCAGAGGAAGGGGGAGGAAUAAGCUAGUUGUGGAGACUAUUUGUGAAGAAACAGAGAAUGAAGAAGCAAAACAAGAAAAGGAAAACAGAUCAGAUAUUGCAGCUGAUGAAGUGAGAAGCGCUGGAGUGGAAGAAUGUGUUGCUGGUGGAGCUACUACUAGUAAAGGGGAGAUGGUGGCAGAUUUGAGUAAGAUGACGUUGGGCGAAUGGCUUGAUUUUGUGGCGGUAUACGAGCCUCAACAGAUCAUUGCUGAAACGGAGGAGAUGCUGGCAGAGAUGAGGCGAAAAGCGGAGAGAUGUCACGAGUUCAUGUUGCAGCAGAAGAAAGCGCAAGGGUUGAAUGCUGUGAGCAGGUGAAGCUUUUCUGGUAAUUUAUGUGUCAAGUCUAGAUGAAGUUUGAUUAGCUAUUCUAGAUCUGCUAGAUAGAUUAUAGCGGACUAUUUUAAUUAUUGAAGAGAAAGUAUAAUCAAGUAUUUCUGUAAAUAAGUACUAGUAUUAAACUUGCCCAAAUUAACAUGGUUUAGAGAAAGGUUCUUGUGACUUGUACUUGUUGAUGAAUCUUGUCCAUUACAUAUCCACAAAUAACUGUUGUUAUUUUGAAUUGUUUGACAGCAGCAAUGCAUGUAUAACUGUGGUUAAUCUGAGAGCAUUUUGUUGGUUUUA